AUGGGCAUACGAGAAACACACACGACUGCUCGGCAGCAGCCACGAGCAGCAAGUCAAAAACCAACAAUACCAAGUAGUAUAACGGAUACGUUAAAGUUAUGCAUAAAGUAUUUCUGGUGCGGCGUUAAAGACGCGUUCGCCUGGCCGUCGAGCUUGAUCGUGGUAUAUAUGUCAAGCACAAUCCGUAAUCGCGCCUUGAAAUGCUUCACUUUGAACGGAGCGAUAUUUCUGGGGAGCAUAUUAUUCUUUAAUCGUGUCGUAUUACCAAUGUUGUAUACACUUCAAGCAAAACCGGAAUCUGGUUAUCAAGAAAAAGGUCUAGAAAAAGGAGAAUUUGAAAUGGAGGGGAAAGUGAAACAUUCCCUGUUUGUGACGGCCAUGCUUGGGUUGUUUGUAAAAUCGGCAUAUCAAUUAUUCUGGAUUUAUCCCGUAUUUUUACUAAGCUUCAUUCUGAACGCAAUAUGGUAUCAACAAAUAGCGGACAAAGCCUACAGUCUAUGUUAUGGACAGCCUGUUGUCCGAAAGAUGUCUUAUUUCAGAAUUCCACGAAUUAUAGCAGAUGAGGUAUAUCGGGCGCUGUUGGUAAUGAAUUAUGUGGCUAUAGCGAUACUGGUGUAUGGCAUACCGUUGAUUGGGCCGGUGGUCUCUUUUAUCUUCUUCUGCUGGAUAUACGCAUUCUACAGCUUUGAAUAUAAAUGGACGGCAGAAGGAUGGAACCUGGAACAACGAAUUAAUUACUUUGAAGAAAGAUGGGCUUACUUUGCUGGAUUCGGUAUGCAAGUUCUACUGCUUAUGCGCGUGUAA